AUAGCAAACUUAUACAUACACAGUUUAGCAUCUCUGAACUAGUAUUCUGUAAGAAUCAAAUAUGAGAAUCCCAGCUUUCUCAUCCCUUCUUCUACUUUCUCUGUUUUCAGAAGGACAUGCUGCGCUUCCUGUUUCCAUCGGUGUAUCCAACGGAGGCCAAUGGGGGACUUGGGGGAAUAAGGAGUUUUGUCUACCAGGUUAUGUGGCCAAAGGAUUUGCUUUUAAGGUGCAAGAAUCACAAGGAUCAGGCGAUGACACUGGUUUGAAUGGCAUUCGUCUAUACUGCGUCAAUCUCAUGAACAAUCGGGAUCAGAUGACAAUCAGUUCUACAGUAGGACUGAGGGGUUCGUGGUCUGCAACAUCCUGGUGUCCUAGUGGCAACCUCGCUGCUUUUAAUUUGAAAGUACUUUCACCACAACGAGCUGGGGAUGACAUAGCUGCAACCAGAAUCAAGUUUAGAUGUUCAGACCUUGUUGAAAUUGAAAGUGCUGGACUAUUAGUAGGUAGUUACAGAUCAUGGAGCAAUACAUGCUUAAAUAGUAUCUGUGGCAUAGUAACUAAAGUUCAACCUGAUAUGGGGGCCUCAGAUGACACAGCCCUGAAUGAUGUCAAGUUUAUUUGCUGUUAAAACGGAUUCUUCUACUGUACUUUUCAAAAUCAUAUAUUUGCUAAUCUAAACAAACAAGCUUGUAGAUAUUAAUCAAUUAUUAUUAUUGCACACAUUGUAACUUGUCUAGGUUAUUGACAAUAUGCGUUCACAAUUUUGUUUUGAAAGAGGACCCUUACAUGCAUUAUAUUUGUUGGUGCAUAUGUUAUGCAUACCACUACAUAUGUACUAUCAGGUCUUUUUUUAGUGAAGCUGUUUAACUUUAUGGGGCCGAUUUAUGAUGGUGCGAGCAGACAUGAUCCGAUAUAGUGGAUCAUGUCCGCUGCACAUCGAUAAAUGCAGACAGCAUACGGUGUUGGCAUUUAUCAUUGCACCAGCAGUCCUGCAGAUUUGCGACCAAUCGGCCGCUUGCAGGGGGUGUCAGUCAACCUGAUCGUAUUCGAUCAGGUUGAUUUCUAUCCCCCGCCUCAGAGCAGGCGGACAAGUUAUGGAGCAGCGGUCUUUAGACCGCUGCUUCAUAACUGCUGUUUUCCGUUCGGAGCUUGAUAAUUUGGCCCCUAUGGCUUAGAUAAUGUUCUCCUGGUUAUGAUUAAAUGUUGGUGAAGGAUGCCUACACAAAGCUUUCAAUGCUUAUCUGAAUCAUAAAAAAAUAAAUUUGGGUUUAGUAUCCCUUUAAAGAUAAAGUGUGAGCAUACUUGAUUGUUCUAUUUGGUGAAAACUAUCUAUUGUGCUUCCUGUAACAUUAUUGUGUUUUUAACCUCAAUAUAAAUGUAUUAACAAAAAAAACAAAAAACGUAUGUCAAAAAGUCUUUGAGGCCUAUUUAUUAAAGGUCUGUUGGACCUGAUCAGGUCCGCCAGACUUCGCUGAAUGCGGAGAGCUCUCCGUAUUCAGCAUUGCACCAGCAAUUUCACACAAACAUACAGACAAACACAUGUAAGUGCACACAGACAUACAAUCACAUCCCAUUGCAUACAAACAUACACUUACUAGUGCAAUAUCACACAAAAAUGCACACACUCACUAUGAAACACAAAAACACACACACAUAUAUACUGUAUAUAUAUAUAUAUAUAUAUAUAUAUAUAUAUAUAUAUAUAUA